GUACUAGUCCUGAAAAGCUGGAAAAGGGAAGUCUUCUCCCACUCAUAAAACUCACUCGGAUACCAUAAAUCGCCCAAACACGAGGCACUCUCAUACGUACGAGGCCGACGCUUCAAUCCCGGCGGCUGGGGUUGAAUCCUUUCAACACCGUGCAGGUCGAAGAUAAGAUCCCUGUUAACAAGGCGAUUGUUCCAAAACAAAAGGCAUACUCAUCCAUCUCUGUCUGGGCCCUCCUUGCUGACGCUUUGACCCUGAAUACUUUACCAAAGAUGGCUUCCGACCAGGGUCUCAAGCAGCCUGUCUCGAACACGGUCCCGCAACCUCGACGCAGCCCUCCCCGUGCCAAAGCAAUCGCUUCUAUUGCUUCCUCCUCUUCUACCCCUAGUUACCUGAACCCAACUCAAUCAACCACAAACAAAGCCGUUGUCGCGGUCAAACCGACACCGGCCUUGGAACCUAGCCUACGCCACACCUAUCGAGCUCGACAGCGAUCCGUAAUCUCGAACGCCUCGAUUUCUUCUCCAUCCCUCGCUCCAAACGAACGUCAUCAGCAAGGAUUCCGAUCCCCGUCGGCGUCGAUCACGACAUCGACAACGCCAGAAUCAUAUAUGCAGCAACCAGCUCAAGUACAAUCUUUACCACAAUCGAUGUCGGACCCCGAUGAUGCGCCUCUCGACAAUGAGCAUAUAUCUCUCGAUGUUGACUAUCCAAUGAGGGGUCAUUCCAUGGGAACUGAGGCAGCAUUCCUCGAAUGGUUCCCCGUUCUGGUUCCCAAUCCUGGGUCCGAAACCAGUACAAGAUUCUUUUGGAGCAUUCUAUUCAACUGGUUUACCGUCGGGGUUUUGCAUUUUGUGACCUCGAUUGAUCUUGAAGAACGGAAGAAAUAUACACCAUUUGUAUAUGGUGAUAGCAUCGACAGCUUGACAUGCGGCGGAGCCGUGAAAACUUCAGCUCUCAUCCCGGUCAACCACAAUAAGCCGGAUUGGGUACUCUCCUAUAUUGCUAGGAACCGUUCCGGCUUCUUGAUGGACAGAAUCUGCAUGAUCAUCAAGAGCAAGCCCAGGAUGAAUUGGAAUACAGCUAUGGCGCAAAUCGUGGUCUACACCGCCAAAGCCCUUCUAAUGGACGGCUGUGCCAUGGGCUUGGUAGUCGCUGGAACGGAGUACCGAUUUCUCCGGUGGGACACAGAGGAAAGACGCCUAUAUAUGGUGGUACCAGUACGAGGCUGGGACCACGGCAAUUCGUUGCCGUUAGGACGCAUCUUGCAAGAAUUCACCGAGAGCGUCGGCGGCGAAGAAUGGGACGUGCAGCACCCCGUGCCUUCGCAGCGGGAGCUGGCACGCCGUAAUCUUUAUAGCAUCUUGAAGCAUCUGGAUGAACAAACUCGGAGCAUGGUCGCAGAUCAGCAAGCAGGACGAAACAGAUUCACCAUGACCUUACGUCCCGUUCUUAGCGGCGCGAAGUUCGUCGAAAUCACGGAAAUCUGGGGGAAUCUGCCGCGCUCAUCUUCCCCUCUUACAAAUGGCGUCAACAUAUCACCAACCAUACACGAAGCUCCUGAGCCAGAAACCGGCGGAUCUUCGCGCGGCCGAGAUCAGGAGGCCAAUGGCGGAACCGCAGAUCAGGGGGCCAACGGCGGAACCGCCGGUAACGAUUACCUCAGUGACGACGACUACCUUGACGAGAGCGAUGACGAGGCUCAAUACCGUGCGAAAUGGAAGAGUCUGGGCAACAUGUCCGAUGCGAACAAGGAGGCCUGCCUAUUUUAUGACGAGUUCCAGAGGGAACACGUGAUUCCCUUUCGACGGGAGAAACGAAUCGACGCCUGGGCUCAAGGCAUUAUCGGUGAUGUGCCUGGCCUGGUUAGAUCGACACCCGAUGCUCCAAUUACGAGCGACUCCGAGAACUGACCGCUCUCCACCCCGAAACGAUUGCUGAUUCAUUGCAGAAGGUGUAGCGGAAGCUGCGGUCCAGAAUGUAUCGAUCAUCUUAGGCGUAUCAUUUAGAUCCAUAGAAUAGAAUCAUACAGACUUCCGAUGCAUAUAUCAGUAACCAGCAAUUGAAAGCAUUAUCACAGG